AACUGUUUAGGCCUGAAGUUUGUCUUUGUUUGAAGCAGUUAUAGGUUUUCUGUAACUUGAUAUAACAAUGCAUCCUGUUUGUGACCGGGCCUUUAUUUACUGCGACGGUGGAACCGAAUUUCGCAUAGUUUCUGGCAGAUAUCUUAUGUGUACGACUGGUGUCUACUCAGAGCCGUAGUUGUUUUGUAUGAACAAUAUUUUUCCAUCACACAUUAAGUAACAUACUGGAUGUCCUGUCAGAAGAGAUGACCCUCUGGAUGUCACAUCUGUGUCCAGGGCGGAGUUGGCGUCCAAUGUCUUCAUCAAUGGUUAUUCCAAAUGUGCACAUUUUAGAUGAAAGAAAAAUAGGGAACUUGUUUUGAUUUUUAAGGAAGGAAAUCUACCUUGUAAGAUUUUAUAUGAUGCACAUUAUUGAAUUCUUCUGAAGAGAUAGUAUAAUGUCUAAUAUAACCCCUAAAACAGUUCCCCUUAAUAAAUCAAAUGCACCAUUUACACUGCCUUAAGUUGGCUAAGAUGGAGGCUAAUCAUCAUUUUGAUAAAGAUAAGUAAGUGAUCCGCUGUGUUUCUUCAGUUUUCAAACUUUUCUCCAUGGUCUUCCUCAACUUGGCUGGACCCUCUUGUUCGAGACCAAUUAAUGAGGCGGCUAAACUCACUAAUUGGCCACUUAAUUGGCUCCUGUCUCUGCGCGCGCUGCUUCCGCUGGCUUUUAGCGCACCGCCAUCCCUCCCUCCUGCUCUCAGACAUCACAGUCCCACCUUGUCACAAAGAUUUAGGGACAAUCCCUCAGACGGGAAGGUGCUGUCACUGUGGACGCCCCCGCCACCUCUGGAUCCCCCUUUAUCAGUAUCUCCCUCCCACUCUAUCUCGGUGUUUUAUGUCUGCGUCACAACGAGCGAGAAGCAGGGAUGAUGGCGUCUCUGGCGGCUUGAUUCCGGUGCUGCUCUGACAAACCCGCCUUAAUAGCAUCAGUAGGAGGUGGCGGAGAGGGGAGGAAGAGAGCAAAAGCGACGGGAACAUGACGAAAUGGCAUCGAUGAGGACGGACAAACUAGACUGAGAGACGGACGGACAGUCAGUCGCCUUUCCCCCCUCCCCCUCGUCCUCCUCGGCUUGACUGACACAGGCGCUUGGCACAGACGGGAACAUACAUGCACAUCCUCCACUUUUUGCAAACACACAAGCUGCGCAUCCGAGCGAGCAGUAAUUGGGUAGCGGAGAUCCACAGCAGAUGAGGGCAUUUCAUGUCCAGCCUGUCCAGGAAUCACUGUGACCCCGACGGAAAGGAGUUCGACUUCACAGGAUGGGGGGAGUAAGUGAAGGAGAUGAUGUGUUGGCUCGAUGGAGUGAUGGACUACUGUACCUCGGCAAUGUGAAAAGAGUAGAUGGAGUCAAGCAGUGUUGUCUGGUGAGAUUUGAGGACAACUCGGAGUUCUGGGUACUGAGAAAGGACAUUCACUCAUUUGCUGCUGGAGUGGAAGAAGUUUGCUGUAUUUGUGAGGCUCCGCCUCUUAAAGAACCCCUCAUAAAUUGUCUUAAAUGUCGCCAAGGUUAUCAUCCAGAGUGCCACACGCCAGCCAUCGAACCGGAAGCUGACAGCGAUUCAUGGAUAUGUCGGCAAUGUGUCUUUGCAGUUGCAACCAAGAGAGGUGGGGCCCUCAAACGGGGACGUUUCGCCCGGCUCAUGCAGUUUAUGAAACUCCGCCUCCCUUACCAGCUGUCAUCUUUAGACUGGGACCCGCAGCAUCUGACCAAUCAGCAGCAGUGUUACUGCUACUGUGCUGGACCUGGAGAGUGGAACCUGAAGAUGUUACAGUGUGGAAGCUGUGGUCAGUGGUUCCACGAGGCCUGCACACAGUGUCUAGCCAAGCCAUUACUGUAUGGGGACAGGUUUUAUCAGUUCCAGUGCUCGGUGUGUGCAAAGGGACCAGAGACCAUCCAAAGACUACCCAUGACCUGGGUGGAUUUGGCUCAUUUAGUGCUCUACCAUCUCUCGCUGUGCUGCAAGAGGAAAUACUUUGAUUUUGACCAUGAAAUCCUGUCCUUCACCAAUGAGAAUUGGGACUCAUUGCUCCUAGGAGCGCUCUCUGACACGCCAAGGCAAGACCGCUGUCACAAUCUCCUCAACGCUCUGAACUCCCACAAGGACAGGUUUGUCUCUGGGAAGGAGAUUAAGAAGAAGAAGUGUCUGUUUGGGCUUCAGGUCCGAGCCCCACCUCCACUGACUUCUGAUUCGUCUCCCCUCAUCACUGACCCACCUAUCAACAUCACGCACCGGAGAAGCCCGCUGUCACUACCCUGCCAGAGGAGACCGGGGGGGCCAGAGUCACGUAAAUCAAAGCGUCGCAUCAUAGAGACACAGGCUUGUCCACCUCCAGGUCCUGCCAACCCUAUUGAGCUACUGCCAUGUUGCCAUGGUUACAUGGGGGGGGUGAGCCUUUACAACUCCAGGAAGUCAGAGGAGGAGUUUAAUUUGAGCUCUCCUCCCAAGAGGAUGUAUGCCCUGUACCACACCACCUACAAUGGAAAUACUGCACUCUCCAGGAGUCUUCAUCACUACAACAGCAUGGAGGACCCCUGCAGGUUACCGCCACCGUGCUUCCCCUACCCCCUCGACUCCAGCGGCAGCCAUCACCACCACCACCUCCACCAGCACCAUCACAACCACCAACACCAGCACCAGCCGGGGCAGAAGCCGCUGGAGCCCCUUGUCCUACGUGACCUGCCCCCUUACCAGCCUGGGAUGGGCGGAGGGGGUGGCAUGGUUGGAGGUGGUGGAGGGGCGAUGGGAGUCGGAGGGGGGGAUGGGACAGUGGCCAGGAGCUGGGGAGGAGGGGAAGCAGUGAGGAUCUUGGCGAGACGUGUCACACCCGAUGGAAAGGUGCAGUACCUCGUGGAGUGGGAGAAUGUGAGUUUGUACUGAGGCAGAGAAAGUAAACACAAGACACAAUGACUGUUUCACAGUUGCCACAGGAAUACUGUGUAUGUGAUAUGUGGC